UGGCGAGGAAGGACCAUCCGAGGAGCAGUACUACCCUUACAAAAAACCAAUCCAGUGGAGGAUCCGCUGGCCAGCCACUGCGAUCUGGAUGCCAUGAAACCGAAGAAAUCCGCCUUCGCCAACACAUCUACCGGAUACGGCAGGCACAAGCACAGCGGGCACGGCAAAGGACACUCCCACGGCCAGGGUCACUCCGGCAAGGAUAAGGCCGAAGGCGGGGGCAAGGAGAAGAAACGAGAGGCCAAGGAUCAGCAUGAGCAGAAGGAGGAGGACAAGGACUUGAAUUCCGGCUUCGGCGACUAUCUUCGCACACCGGAGGCAUUUGAGAUGAUGAAACUAUUCGUAUUUGCCAAUACUGUUAUGUUAAUCGUCACCAUGGCCUGGCCGCAUAUCAAGGAGCAGUUCUACAUGGUCAAUCAGUGGCUAGAAAGCUUUCGGGAAGAGCAUCAGUAG